ACUGCACAUACAUCAUCAAUAACACAGGAACCAGUAUAGAGUCGGAGAUGACGACGCCAACGAUGAUGAUUCCACUUAGACAUAUUCAAAAGUUUGUGCAGCGGAUAUGGGGGAACUGGAACAUCUAUGCCAUUGUUGUGGCUAGUCUUGGGUUCCAGUGCGUGCUGGAAUUCCUUGGGCCGUUGAGAAAAAGGAGAAAGAGAGGGUCCACCCAUAUAAAAAUCUGGUGUGCCUAUUUACUUGCCGACUACUUUGCCACCUUCGGCAUAGCCCUCAUCAAUAGCAACUCCGACGACCAAUCGUCCCUCCUGGAGGCUUUCUGGGCACCCUUCCUCUUGCUCCACUUGGGCGGCCCCCACGCCAUCACCUCCUUCGACAUAGAAGACAACAACUUAUGGCACCGCCAACUCCUCACCCUCAUUGUUCAGUCUUUCUCCGUUCUCCUUGUUUUCUACCGCUACAAAAUCUACAACCACCGCUGCUUAGCCAUCUCCGCCUGGAUCGUCUUCUCAGCCGGAAUUGUGAAGUACACUGAACGGAUCCACUCCCUUUACUUGGCAUCUGUGUACCAUAUGAGGAGGUCAAUGCUCGAAAAUAAUCCUUCUUCUUCUUCUUUAAGUAAGGAAACGGAGGAGGCGUUGGUGGCGAAUAAUCCGGACAAAAUGGAGAUCAUCCACAGCGGUUACAUAUACUACAAACUCUUCAAAGGAUUCAUCUUGGAUCAUGCGUUUAUCCACAUUGAGGAUAAACUAGUGGCGGUUAAGGAGGUGUUUUGGAAGCUAGAUCAUAAGACCGCGUAUGCAAUCCUGGAAGUGGAACUCAACUUCAUGUAUGAGUCCAUGUUCACCAAGAUGGCUGCCGUCCAGUGGAUAAAUUCAAUCGGAUAUGCAUACCGAUUUGUGGUUCAUGUUUUACUUGUAGCGGUGAUCAUCACGUUUUACUUCUGUGACAAGUCCGAAGUGGGCGCUACUCCUCUUUACCUCUGUAUUACUUAUCUGUUGCUGGGCGGUGCAGUUGUGUUAGAUUUUGUGGCUAAUGUGAAGCUGGUUUUUUCUGAGUGGACUGUAGCUCUAAUGAAGGAGGAGAAGAAGAAGAGAUAUUAUUGUGAUCAGAUGAGAAGCUGGAUUUCGGGGAUCAUAAUGAAACUCAUCCACAAGAUACAUACAUGGGUUUGGUCCAAAAAACGUUGGUCCAAACGAAUCCGACAAUACAGCUUGAUCAACCACUCCUCUAAGCAACGGUGGAAACCGUUGGACACUAUAAUCAACCGCUUGAGCCUCAUCAGAGAUAGACUUGAUGCGUGGCAGUACACUAAAAUUGAGAAGGUUGAUUGCCACCUGCUCGAGCGGCUUUUCCGUGCCAUCAAGAACAAGGCGAAGCUGCCGGAGGAGGAAGGCCAAGGCGGCGGUGAACAACAACUAAUGUCAUGUUCCGCUCCCCAGGAGGAUUAUCAUCACUACAACAAUUGUGUGUUAAUUUGGCAUGUUGCUACGGAGAUAUGCUAUUUCACUACCGGAAAACCUGCGAAAGAAAAAAAGGAACCAAAUUAUAAAGAGAUAUGCAGAAAUAUUUCGGAAUAUUUGGUGUACUUUCUGGCAAUGGAGGGGAAACUCACUUCCACAGUCCCCGGAAACAUAGGAUUGAGAUUCAAAGACAUAUGCCGGGAAGAAGUUGAUCACACCAUUAAAAAAAUUAAGGACGAGUUGCCCAAAACAAGAUGUCCUGGACACCAUUUGCUGGGCCACAUCAGCGCCAUCAUCUCUGCAAAACUCAGUGACUUCAAGGAUGCAGCCAUUAUUACCCUUGCCAACCGGAACAGAAACAAUAAUGCAGCAGCAGCAGAUACAUGUCAUACGGAGCGCACAAGGUCGGAAAAACUCAGAAUGAAAUGGGAAGAUAAGAAGCGGGGAGAAGUUUGUAAACAGCUGCUAGAAUUAAAGUUGAAAGAUGACAGCGAAAAUCCAAGUGAAGAUGGAACUACUGCAAAAACUAAUGAUAAUAAGUCUAUAUUGUCCGAAGCUAUUAAACUUGCAAAGCAUUUGAAAAGCUGCUGCAGACCAAAUCCUGCAGACAACAAUAAUCCUCAUCAGAACGAACAGGAUGUUGAAAACGGACAGGGCAAUGAUGAAGAUCGCUGUUCGGAGGAGGAAUUGUGGGAAGUUGUGAGUCAUGUGUGGAUAGGGAUGCUGUUAUAUGGAGCCAGCCAUUGCAGAGAUGACGUUCAAUAUCUGAACAAAGGUGGAGAGCUUCUUACGUUUGUCCGCCUUUUGAUGGUUCAUUUUGGGCUCAGAGAUGCGUUCAAGGAUGAAGGUGCUACUGCUGGUGGAUUCAAACUUGCAGCAGAAUUGCACAAAGAAAUUACAGAUGAAAAAUUAAAAAAAAUAAUCAACCCUAAUUUUUUACCUUAAUUGGCUUGAUGUGUUGAAGGUUUAUUUAUUUAAAUACUGUAAAAAGUGUGUGUUAAAUAAACUAUUGAAUUUAAAUAUU